UUGAGGCGAAACAAAUACAGUUGCUUUUUCUUUCUCUCUUUUUAACUAUAUUGCUAACUCUAAAAAGCUGGAGGCAUUGGAAUAUGUUUUCUCAAUCUGGCUGGAAAUUUCCUUGAAGCUGCAAACCAAUACGCAUUUUAAAGAGAAGUGGGGCUUGUGUACAGUUGGAAUGUAAAAUCGAAAUCUUUUUCUGCUUUCAUUUGUAACAAGAAAUUAGUCUCUUUUCAGUUCUUUACCCGUUCUUCAAGCAACCAUAAUAAUGGAUCUUCCAAGAAGGCAUCUGAAAAAGCUACAAAAGAGACGUUCAAGUCUUUUUGCAAGUGUCAAACUUAAUGCCAGCUUUUCACGGAGUAUAGAAGAAGAAGAGAGUGCCUUUCCAUUUUCACAAGACAGCUCUGUGAAACCUUGGACAUCGAUGGACAACCUCGAUACUCCAUCACCUCAGACAAGUCACAAAAGAGAUCAAGAAAAGAGGAAAGCCAGUGAGACUGAAGCAGCAAAGUUGCCACACCGUCAUUCAGCUGUGAUCAAUGUUAACGUAGGUGGAAAACUCUUUACCAUUCCCAAGCACUUGGCUAUCAGAUACCCUAAAACCAGAAUAGGCAGCUUAGCCCUGUGCAAAGAUCCUGUCAAGCAGCUAACGCUCUGCGAUGACUACUGUGUGCUCACUAAUGAAUUUUUUUUUGACCGGGAUCCUACUUUCUUCCACUACAUCUUUCACUUCUAUUGUAGCAAUGUGCUAUGGGUAAUGGAGAGUCUUUGCCCUGUCAAUUUUGAGGAGGAGAUGACGUUUUGGGGCCUGCACUUGAGGGACACUCCUCGCUGCUGUCGCAUUCUGUACGAGGAGAAACUAGACGAGAUAAGAGACCAGCUGAAAGUGAACAGGGAGCUUAUGGCGGAAAUCGAGCCCCAGCAUAACGAGGAGGGUUUCAAAACAAUGAUUUUUGGUGGUUUUCGUAAGAUGCUAUGGGACCUGAUGGAGAAUCCAUACUCCUCGAUGGCUGCUAAGGCCUUUGCUGUGUUCUCCAGUCUCUUUGUGCUCAUCUCCAUUGUAGCAAUGACUCUAAACACUGUGAGCGAACUGAAAGAUUAUAAAAUCUAUGGAAGAACCUACAUGGAGUGUGUGGAGAUCACUUCAAUUCUCUUCUUCACCUUUGAGUACUUCCUUCGCUUGCUGACAACUUGCGACGUCAAGCAUUUUCUGAAGAGUGCACUUAAUUUCGUAGACUUAGUGGCUGUCAUGCCUUACUUUAUCCAGCUGAUAUUUGAGGCUUUUGCUGACCAGGAAGAUCUCAGCGUUCAAGAUGAUCUGAAAACGAUGGCGAGGGUAAGCAAAGUUAGCAAAGUGCUCAAAGUUGUCAAACUCAUGAGAAUCUUUCGCAUUUUGAAACUGGCGAGGCACUCGACUGGCAUGCGGGCAUUUGGCUUCACUCUUCGCCAGUGUUUUGAACAGGUCUGCUGCCUGUUUCUGUUCAUUAUCAUGGGGAUCUUCACCUUCUCCGCCCUAAUGCACUCAGUGGAGCAGGAUGUUGCAGGAACACCGUUUAGCAGUAUACCAGAUGCCUGGUGGUGGGCAGCGGUGAGCAUCUCUACUGUGGGAUAUGGAGAUGUGGUGCCCAUUUCUUACUCCGGUCGAGUGGUGGCCUUCGGGUGCAUAUCUUUUGGUAUUAUUCUAAACGGAAUGCCAAUCUCCAUCCUGUUUAACAAAUUUUCUGACUAUUAUGCCAAGUUGAAGGCCCAGGAGUACACUAACACAAAAGUCCAGCGGGGUUUGAAUCUCAAGAAAAGACUGCAAAGAAAAUUCGAGAACUGCUUCGAGCCUCCAGCUGAGGACUCUGAUUAGGACAAUAGGCGUCACAUUGGCCAGUGUCAACACUGA